AUCAUCAUCAUCUGUCCUCCCCUUUCCUUUCUCUCCCCUUCUCUUCAUCAUCCUCAUCCCCCGUCCCUCCUCAUUCUCAUUCUCAUCCCAUCUUCAUCUUCAUCAUCCCCAUCUCCUCCUCCAGCGCUCCUCCCAUAAGCGUUUUUUUUAUUUCAUCUUUGUAUUUCACGUAGACUACGCUCCAUCACAUAUAUCCGUUUCCUUGUACCUCUUCCUCGUCGUCCCCCACUCCCUCUUCUUCUCUUCGGCAUCUGUUGGCACCCCACUUCUCUUUCCUGCUGCCCUCCAGUCUUUAAUUCUUCAGAGAGACCAUUCACAAGAUACCCUUCUCUCACUCCCUCACGUAAUCUCACACUCAAUCUCGCGCCUGCCCCUUUUGUCUGUGCCUGAAAUAUAUUAAUCGAAUUUGAAUUUGAAACAGCCUAAUCAACCACAACAGGCACUCAACGCCCGCUCUUUCAGCAGCAACAACACAACGGCAACAGCAGUAGCAACAUGUCUGGCAGACCGAGCGGUGUAGGGAUGCGGCCCGGCGAUGUCCGUCGCGGAGCCACCCUGAGUCGCGGCAAGACCCUCUCACGCCCCGAGCGAUUCCAAACGCCCGAAACCAUGUUCAAGAAGCGCAAGGACGACGAACCUGCCUCGUUCUGGGUUAUCUUCUCACGUCUCACAACCUGCUGGGCACUUCCGCCCUUCCUGAACAUGUGCGGCGUCCAUGGCAAGGCUGUGCAGCAGGCCUGGCGAGAGAAGGUGGCGCUGUGCGUCAUUAUCAUGUUCAUCGGAGGCAUGGUUGCCUUCUUGACCAUCGGCUUUACAUUCCUGCUGUGCCCAACCUCACAGAGACAAAAUGCCCAGACCUUUGCCAGAUACGGCGAUGCUCAAUUUAACGGUCUCUACGGUAUCGAAGGCAUGAUUUACAGUCUCCAGGGUAAUGCCCAAUGGCCAGCGGGAUUCAACACCACUGCCUUCAAGCCAGCGGGCGAUAUCAGCAACCUCUGGAUUCGCGGCAAGGAUUCAGUUAACUGCGUCGGUCUCAAUAGUGCCGCGGCUCGGUUCGACAACUGCAACCCCCAUGCCGGCGGUUGCGUCAAUAACGUUACUGCUUCGAAAGCCUGGCUCGACGCCAGAAGAAUCUUCCCAAAGGACAACCUGAGAGUAGGAUACGACUGGAAUCAGAUGGCUCAGGAUGAGCUGAGCAACUUCAUAGUCAUCGACGGCAAUGUACUGAACCUGGACGCAUAUUACAGGACCUACAAGAACCCGAUCCCCGGAGACGAGAUCGACGCUAUCUUCCGCACUGUGAGGUUCUUGCCCAUGCCCGAGGGAGGCCGUGAUGUCACCAAACUCUUCUUCAGGCGUGACUCGCUCAAGAAUACCGUGAACUGUCUCGUUGACAAGUUUCGCGCUGGGUUCAUCGAUAAGGCCACACCUGGAUGCUUUGCCGCAGAUCUGUUUAUGUAUGUAUCCCUGACCGUUGUCCUCGGCAUUGUGGUGAGUCGAUUCGCCAUGGCCGUCAUUUUCGAUUGGUUCCUCUCUGCCAAGCUUGCCAAACCUCCAGUCAAGCCCAAGGUCCACACCAUGGCCUCGGCUGCGUCCUCAGGUUCAAGUCUUUCCGGCACAACCAUUGCUGCUUCGCCUAUUCCAGGAAAGGCACUCUCCCGUACCCCCACCACUGCCAGUAUUGCCGGUGGCAAUGUCUUGGAGCUUCACACUAUCUUGCUGGUGACCUGCUAUUCCGAGGGAGAAUCCUCGCUCCGUACUACGAUCGAAUCCUUGGCUGCAACAGAAUACCCCGACAAUAAGAAGCUGCUCUUUAUUAUCUGCGACGGUAUCAUUACAGGAUCCGGCAACGACCGCUCGACCCCUGACAUUUGCUCCAGUCUUAUUGAGCUUGACCCCGCCUUUGAUUCGGAUCCAACACCCCAGUCGUACAUUGCCGUCGCCGCUGGAUCAAAACAGCACAACCGCGCCAAGGUCUAUGCAGGAUAUUUCCGAUGGAAGAACAGGCGUGUGCCGACAGCGCUGAUCGUCAAAUGCGGAAACGAGGAGGAGAUGGACAAGCCCAAGGCCGGAAACCGUGGCAAGCGCGACUCGCAGCUGAUUCUGAUGAACUUUUUCUCGCGCGUGACAUACAACGAUCGCAUGACGCCCCUGGACUAUGAACUCUUCCGAAAGAUCCAGCAUUUGAUGCAGGUUACCCCGGACAAGUUUGAGAUUGUGUUGAUGGUGGAUGCGGAUACGAAGGUCUACCCAAGCUCACUGCGUCUGCUGAUGAACUGCAUGAAUAACGACCCUCUGAUUAUGGGACUUUGCGGCGAGACCAAGAUCGCCAACAAGCGUCAGUCAUGGGUUACUGCGAUUCAGGUCUUUGAGUACUACAUCUCUCACCAUCUCGGAAAGGGGUUCGAGUCCGUCUUUGGAGGUGUGACCUGUCUGCCUGGAUGUUUCUGCAUGUACCGACUUAAGGCCCGCAAGGGAGACGACUGGGUCCCGAUUAUCACCAAACCCGAAAUCGUUCAAGAAUACUCGCAAAACAUUGUUGAGACCCUUCACCAAAAGAAUCUGCUACUCCUGGGAGAGGAUCGUUUCUUGACGACGCUCAUGCUCCGUAAUUUCCCCAACCGCAAGAUGAUGUUCAUGCCCCAGGCUAUCUGUAAGACUGUGGUCCCUGAUGAAUUCAAUGUGUUGCUCUCUCAAAGACGUCGCUGGAUCAACUCGACAGUUCACAACCUCCUAGAACUAGUCCUCGUCCGAAACCUGUGCGGAACUUUCUGCUUCUCGAUGCAGUUUGUCAUUUUUAUGGAGUUGAUUGGAACGGUCGUCCUGCCCGUGGCCAUGAUCCUGAUGAUUGUCCUGUGCGUCAGUCUUGCAAACAUGCAGAUCGAGACAGUAUCCCAGGCCAUGCCUCUGGUUCUCCUUAUCUUUGUCCUGGUCCUGCCCGCGAUCCUGAUUCUGCUCACGACCCGCAAGCUGAUCUAUAUUGCCUGGAUGUUUGUUUACCUGAUGGCUCUCCCAGUCUGGAACUUUAUCCUUCCUCUGUACGCAUACUGGCACUUUGACGACUUCUCCUGGGGAGAGACCCGUAAGGUCGAAGGCGAGGCCAAGGGUGAGGCCCACGGAAACGCCGACGGCAUCUUUGAUGCCUCUAGCGUACCGCUCAAGCGCUGGGACGAUUACGAAAAAGCGCGUGUCCGUCAGGUCAAACGUAUCGAACGUGCAGAGCGUCAGCGCGGUCAAGGAUCCCCUUAUGCACGCAGCACUGGUGCUCCAAGUGUUUACACGGACGAUAACGAGUCGGACAUGCUGAGCGAUUUGGGUCCACAGCAAUUCCAUCAUGAUUACAAUGGUCGCCAAGUCAUGAGUACUCCGCUGGCCGGGAACCAGGCUCGACCGCUGAUGGGUAUGGGUGGACCCUCACCACGGUUCGCACCAACUUCGCUCGGUAGUCCUGGAAGUCCAGGGGCAUGGCAACAGCCCGGCCCUGGAGGCCCACUCUCGCCAGGUGGACAGCCCUUCCCCGGUGGACCUCCCUCGCCUGGCGGAGGACCAAUGAUGCCCCCUCCUGUUAGCCCUGGCGGCAUGCGGAGGAAUCGCAGCGAUGGGCCAGGAUCACCCACUUCACCUCGACAGAUGUAGAUAGCCCUUCACUCUUCUUUCCUCAUUCCCUUCCCGCAAGCGAUAGGAUAUAUAUUGUCUUUACGUCCAAAAAACAACAUUAUCAUUUUGCACGAUUCCAACAGUAGAAAAAUAUACAAAUGCAGGCAUACUACUUC